AUGUCUAUUUCUCUCUAUCUCGUCGGUUCUCUAAUCAUUGCACUCGUCUUCAUAAUAUUCCCGAGACUGAUCAAAUCAAACUCCAAACUUCCUCCGAGCCCUCCAAAGCUUCCGAUCAUCGGAAACUUGCAUGAGCUGGGAGAAUUGCCACAUCAGUCUCUUUGGAGACUGUCCAGAAAGUAUGGUCCCGUGAUGCAUUUGAAGCUUGGUGCAAUCCCAACGGUCGUAGUUUCUACUCCUGACACAGCAAGACAAGCUCUUAAAGUCUUUGACCUCAACUGUUGUAGCCGUCCACCAUUGGCAGGUUCAGGGAAACUCUCUUACGACUAUAAGGACAUUGCUUUCUCUCCUUAUAAUGAGUACUGGAAAGAAGUAAGAAAGCUCGCGGUUCAGCAACUCUUCAGUAAUAGACAAGUUAACUUGAUUCAACCCAUCGAGGACGAGGAGGUCAAGUAUCUCAUGGAUUCACUCGCCAAAGCAGCUUCUCAGAAUAAUCCGGUUAACUUGGGCGACAAGUUACUUGCUUUGACUGUGAGUGUGGUAUGCAGGGCAUCAUUUGGUGUGGUUUUCCAAGAGACUGUGCUCAAUAAUGACAGUUUCAACAAGUUAAUCCGUGAGGCAUUUGAGAUAUUGGGAAGUUUCUGUGCCUCAAAUUUUUUCCCGUACGCGGGAUGGUUCUACGACUGGUUAACAGGUUUACAAGGACGGAGGGGAGAAGUUGUGAGAGGUCUUGAUGCCUUCUAUGAAGAAAUGAUUGGUACACAUAGACAAGAAAAGAAAGAGGGGAGUGAAGAUUUUGUGGACAUGCUUUUGAGGUUAACGAAAGAAGAAGCUGUUCUUGGCAAUGACAAGCUCACAAGAAACCAUAUCAAAGCAAUCUUGAUGAAUGUUCUUCUGGCUGGGAUCGAUACAUCUGCAGUAAGCAUGGUGUGGACAAUGGCAGAACUGGUGAGGAACCCACGAGUGAUGAAGAAAGUUCAAUCCGAAAUCAGAGACCAUGUCAAGCACAAAGGAAGUAUCACCUUCGAUAGCAUAGAUCAGCUACCCUACCUGAAAAUGGUGAUUAAAGAAACAUGGAGGCUACAUCCUGUAGCACCUCUUCUGCUUCCAAGCGAAGUAAUAUCUGAGUUUCAGAUCAACGGCUACACAAUACAACCCAAGACACAUCUUCAUGUUAACGUAUGGGCUAUUGGGCGUGAUCCUGAUACUUGGAAAGAUCCAGAGAUUUUUCUCCCAGAGAGGUUUAUGGAUAGCAACAUUGAUGCAAAAGGACAGAACUUUGAGCUGUUAACAUUUGGAAGUGGUAGGAGAAUGUGUCCUGGAGUGUACAUGGGAACAUCAAUGGUGGAGUUUUUAUUACGGAUAUAUACGGAGAAUAUAUCCGUAUCUGACGGUUAUGUAAAUAUUCCUAUAGUAUGA